GUAAGGGGGUGUGUCCGCGCGCACCACGGGGGCGCGCGCCGGUCUCUGACUGGAGGCCGCGGCAGCGGAGGCGCGAGCUAUUCGAUAAUGGCGGCCUGCAGAGCCCGUGAGAAGGAGAGGCAGCGGCUACCCUGAGAAACCUCGACCUUGAAGAUGGUGAGUAGCCAGCCAAAGUACGAUCUAAUACGGGAGGUAGGCCGAGGUAGUUACGGUGUUGUGUAUGAAGCAGUCAUCAGAAAGACCUCUGCACGGGUGGCAGUGAAGAAAAUUCGAUGCCAUGCACCUGAAAAUGUUGAACUAGCCCUUCGUGAGUUCUGGGCACUAAGCAGUAUCAAGAGCCAACACCCAAAUGUGAUUCACUUGGAGGAAUGCAUCCUACAAAAAGAUGGGAUGGUGCAAAAGAUGUCCCACGGCUCUAAUUCUUCCCUUUAUUUACAGCUUGUAGAGACUUCAUUAAAAGGAGAAAUUGCCUUUGAUCCCAGAAGCGCCUAUUACUUAUGGUUUGUGAUGGAUUUUUGUGACGGAGGAGAUAUGAAUGAGUAUCUGUUAUCCAGAAAGCCCAAUCGUAAAACUAACACCAGCUUUAUGCUUCAACUGAGCAGUGCCCUGGCUUUCUUGCAUAAAAACCAGAUCAUCCACCGAGAUCUUAAGCCUGACAACAUCCUGAUUUCUCAAAGCAGGUUGGAUACCAGUGACUUGGAACCCACACUGAAAGUGGCUGAUUUUGGUCUAAGUAAAGUUUGUUCAGCCUCUGGGCAGAACCCGGAAGAACCUGUCAGUGUAAACAAGUGUUUCCUUUCUACAGCAUGUGGAACAGAUUUCUACAUGGCUCCUGAAGUGUGGGAAGGACAUUAUACAGCAAAAGCUGACAUCUUUGCUCUUGGGAUUAUCAUCUGGGCAAUGCUAGAAAGGAUCACAUUCAUAGACACAGAGACAAAGAAGGAACUCCUGGGGAGCUACGUAAAACAAGGAACUGAGAUCGUGCCUGUUGGGGAAGCUCUUCUGGAAAAUCCCAAAAUGGAACUUCUUAUUCCUGUGAAGAAAAAGUCUAUGAAUGGCCGAAUGAAACAACUGAUUAAGGAAAUGCUGGCUGCCAACCCUCAGGAUCGUCCAGAUGCUUUUGAACUAGAACUCAGAUUAGUACAAAUUGCAUUUAAAGAUAGCAGCUGGGAAACGUGACACAUAUUAUUUGCAAAUAUAAAUAUCUUGGAUGAUAUGCUGCUUCUGUUUUAACAGUGAUGCAACAUUAUGUGGCUGAAAAAAGAAUAUAAAAAGCUAAACUCCACCUUCUAAGGGUUUAGAUUUUACUGUGGGGUGGUUAUUCCUCAUUUUUCUUAAAUCCAAGUUGGCCAUUUUAUUAGUAUGUUUCAAAUGUAUAUUACCAAUGUGGGUGUAAAUUUUUUUUUAAAUGAUCAUUGGUAGAAGUUUGGCAGGAAAAUUCUCUAAGAGCCAAGAAAAGAAGAGGUCCAGUUUUCUGGGAAUAUGUCUCUAAGUAUUUUAGACAUUCCUCAUCAGUAUUAGGAAUUUCCAUGGAAGAAGAGGUUUGCAUGCUGGUAAUGCAACCUUUGAAACUUUGUAAAGGAAACAUAUAUGUAUAUAUUUAUGUAUAUGUAAGUACGUGAAUGUGUGCAUUUUGCAUUCCAUAUGAAGAAAAUGCCACUUCUGUUUAAAUUAUUUAAUGUAGGUUCAGGUUUUUGAGGUUUGCUGGUGAAAUCAGUUAUGAAAAAUAAAAGAACCUUCCCUCAUUUUUCUACCCUGUCCCUCCCUCUAAUUAAAUCAUAUUAAUUUUUUUCUAUUUUUAUAAAGUUAUACAGCGCUUAAAAAAAAAGCAUCAUUUAGGAGGGUCUAAAAUUAUCUGAUUGAACAUAGGUGAAACUAAGUAAUCCAAAGCUGCUGAAGUAUGUUUGAGCUCUCCGGUGCCCUAUAGCUGCAAGAGUUGAAUUAGUCACACAAUCAUAUGGUAGCAGGUUGGCAAGGACAUUGGUGAUUCAGUCAGACUUUGUUUAGGUAACUGGGCAUUUAUUUAACCAAUUAAACCACUGCAUUGGGACAUACCUGCACUUGAACUUUUAUAAUCUGAUAUAAAUCUGAACAUAGGAUACUUAACGUUUCUGAAAACUUGCUAUAUAUGAACUAUAAUACUUGAUAUAUUAAUCUUUGGUUUCAAGACUUUGUUGUCUGUGCCUCAGCAUAAAGUUGAAAAACCAAAUGAGCUCUACCUUCACGUUGCCUACCCUGAUAUGGUCUCUUGUUGAAUCACUGGAGUUCCUUUCAUUUUGGCACUGAUACAGUUUUCUCUCGUCUAAUUUGAGAAAGUAAUGGUAGUGAUAUGUCUUAAAUGUUGAUCACCUUUUUCUAAAGUGGGAGAUGAUAUCUAGAGUGUGGCAAAUGGGUAAAAUACUGUGGCAACAAUAACUAUUCAAGUAGAAGAGUUACUGAUUUUAUACAAUCAUUUGUUAUGGUCUGUGUCAAAAACCAAUAGACCAUUAUUUCUCUGGAAGUUAGAUUUUUAACUUCAUAUAGUUGUCUCCAAUUUGUUUUCCUGUAAAUGCAGAUAGUU